AUUGUUUUUAUUGAUGUUGACUUUUGAUGUCACUGCUUCCUAUCAACCAUAUGUUGCGCCGUUCUUCUUCAUGUGUAAUUACCAUGGUAACGUAAACGAAUUAGGAGUAGAAAAAGGAGAAGUGGCCCUUAGUGUAUCUAUAGAGGGUAACCCAGAUUUGUACAUUCCUGGAAAACUUUAUAAUGUAACUAUCAGAUCAACGGUGAAUUUUGACGGAUUUUUCCUUACGGGGCUUUACACACUUACAUCAGAAGCCAAAGCUAGGAUGCAAGGACUUGGUUUCCUAGGGAAUACUGGAUCUGGAAACAAUUUAAUGUGUUCAAUCGUUCAUUCCCACAUAACCCGAGAACCACAGCAACAGCUGUCAUUUAUGUGGAUGGCCCCUCCUAGCGGAACAGGAUGCGUUAGUUUUCUGGCUACCGGAACACUACAUUCACAAUUAUUGUUUAAAGACACAACAGUAAUGCAGAUGUGUGAGAAAGGAGCUCCAACAACCUCUCCCCUUAGACCAGAACUUGCCGUACUUCAUGGAAAUGGCGUCAUAUUAAGGGAUGAUUUUGAUUCAUCGCCAGAUGUCAACAUGCUUAUUUGGCGGGAGACACUGGGAGUUAAUAUUAGUCGAGAUUGUGGUCACAUAUUGUAUGGAGAUUCUAGUUGGCUGUGCCAACGUUAUGGUGAAAGGAAACUGGUGACGGUACCAAUGAAUACAACUUCAGCUGCUGUCAUACAGUUUGCUUUAUCGACAGGAAGAUGUCAAGUUUCGGGAACAACAGAUUUUAAUAUCACAGUAUCUUAUGGACUACAGAAUUGUACAAUAUGGACCACAAUAGAUUCUCUAAGUAUACCGUCAUCAGAAACAGAGGUCCACCUUGUAAACAUCCCAAAGGAAGCUAGAGGGGAGGGCGUCUGUAUGAAGUGGGAACAACUGUCUAGUAAACCAAAACCAAAGACAACAACAACAACAACGACGAUUGCAACAACCACCGAAUCAUUGACAACAAUGGAAACAACAACUGUGCCAUUUCCAACCUUGGAGACAACAGAAAACCUAACAAGCACAGCUUCAACGACAACUACUACAACAACAAAAAGACCUCGCACGAUACGAUGGGAUAUUUCUGACGAAGGGCAGCCAGAUUUCAGUAGUUGUUGGGGAAUUGACAAUGUGUUGGUUGUCAAUAUAGCUGAUAAACCCAGUCGCAUUGAAGAAAAUUUUGAUCCAGUUGACCCCAGCAACUGGCUUUUCUUUCCUGGAGGGAAUAUUAGGCAAAAGUGUCGAUCUGAGGAAAAUACUUUGUUCUUCAAUAUUGAAAACCAAACAGUUAAUUACGCAGUAACACGUGAUCUCGACCUAUCAGUUUCUGAUGUUACCCCGGAUUUAAUGCUAGAAGAACAGUUUGAAUCAAAGAAUCAACCAGGCUGGAUGAUUCGAGGAGGUCGGGUUGAUGUUAUUUGUGGUGUUCUCUAUCAUGCUAACUCGAUGGUGUUCGAUGGAGCGGGAGAACGAUGGGCCUGUACUCCGUAUCUCGACACCAGAUUGGCGGGAAAUCUGAGGUUCUACUUUGGAUUCGGCAGUGGUCGUUGCCAAGCCUUAGAUUCUCCUGAAACAAAUAUUGAGGUUUACAUCGAGGACAAGCAUGGACAUAAACCAGUAUUAAAUCUCACAAGUAGAGAUUUUAAGGAACCAAGAUUAAUAUCGGUACCUAUAAACGGCCACCAAAGACAGUCUAAGGCGCGGAUCUGCUGGGCUCAGGCGCACCAUCGGGGUGUGGAUCUCGACGUGUGGGCAAUUGAUGGAGUACAGGUCUUACCACACUUUCCCCGGAGGUCAGAUGUGAAUAAAAUGGUACAGUUCGAUCUUAAUUUGAACUGUGGAAAGAAUGCAACUAGAAAUGUCGUUGGUUUAGAAGCCUCUACAAAUUUUGGGAAAUCAUGGUUCACAGUUCAUGAACCGUGUCUCUAUUACAAAUGUGGCGGGAAGCAUCAACCAGUGUCAUCAGAAUACGACAGCGACGACUUUUCAAGUUGGAAGAGAGUAAGUUCACCUCUUCCAUUUGCUGCUCUGGUACCUCAUGUCAGAUUUCGAUGGAAUGGAGAACACCAAAAUACGCCUAAUUGGGCUUUAGACAACGUAUUUAUUGGAGACUGUGAAAGCGGAUGCCAUGGAAAUGGACAAUGCACAAGAACAGGAUGUAGAUGUGACUUUGGUUACACUGGUUUGACUUGUGAGAUUCCAGUAGUAGCACAUUUAGUGACCUUGAUGGAACAGUUCGUAGAUGAGUCGUCCUUGAUCUCCAGUAAUGCCCUUCAUAUUAAGGGCGCUUCUCUCAGCUACAGAUGUGGAGUAUUGUCUUCUGGAAAAUCACUGGUGUUUGACAAGGAUGGUCCCCGCAGACUAGUAACAGCUGAUUUUAACACGACAAAUAACCGGUACAUCCAGUUCUUCAUAAGAAUAGGAAGCCACUCCAUGACUUCAAAAUGUCCUCCACCAACACAUGAGAAGGAAUCCGUUGUUUUAGAUUUUUCAUGUAAUGGAGGACUUACAUGGGAUCUAAUCAAAGUUUUUGAUGACAUCAGGGAACCACAAUCUGAAAUAGUUAUGUUGCCUGACGAAGCACGAGGUCCUGCAUGCAGAUUUAGAUGGUGGCAGCCAGUUCACUCCGGGAGCGGGAAAGAUUUGUGGGCUAUUGAUGGCAUAAGUAUUAACGACCACCUGUUUAACACUAUCAGUCUAGACAUGGAGGACUUCAAAAACGAUUCCCGCCAGCUGAUAACCAACCUUGGUACAUUGUCCCAAAGCUAUUGCGGAAGCAGAACCAGUAUGAGUUUCAUUGAGCCUUGGCAGAAGGGAGAAAUGCGGUACAUUGAGACUAUGCCUGUUCAUGUUGGCCCUACAUACGUCAUUGAGUUCGAACUCGUUAUGGCAUGCCGAAACAUGUACUCGAUGGAUCGUGACAAUCUUCUGUAUUUAGAGUAUUCCACUGACCAUGGUUUAAGCUGGCGAUUGCUUGAGGAAACUUGUACCCCGCCCACUACGUGUCAAUCAUACUCUGAGGGUACUGUGUACCACCCCUCCAAAUAUCAGACGUGGCGGCAGGUUACAGUGCCAAUGCCUCCAACAACAUGGGGCCAUGUUGUAACCAUGAGAUUGCGACAGUCGGAAUGGGGUCCACUGGACACGUGGGCAGUCUCCAGAAUAUAUGUUGGUCAACAUUGUCCCCAACACUGCAGCGGUCACGGGAAAUGUGAAGAGGGCGUGUGUAGUUGUGAUCCAGGAUACACUGGGUCAAUAUGCAAGCCUAGGAGAAGAAUAGAUGAAACAAUGCAGGCUGACUUUGGUAUUCGUUACGAACCUGACUCCGAUUUUAUAGACAUCUUUGGUGGAGAAGUUAUUGGGGGUGAUAAAGGUUGUGGAACAUUGCUGUCAGGAGAAACACUAUAUUUUUCCGAUAACGGCGUGAGAGAAGCUCAGACAAAGGACUUGAACACGGAAAAUGAGGAUUAUAUAGAGUUUUACCUGAGGAUAGGAGGGGGACUUCCAGAUUGUGACGGGGGAGAAACCCCAGAGGAAGGGGUCGUUCUCCAGUACUCCACGGACGGGGGAACCACGUGGAAACUGCUCAGGGAAAUGACUCCAGAAAAGUUCAGGAAAGCAAAAUUUGUUCACGUGGUGUUGCCUGAAGACGCCCGUUCUCCUUUGACUCGGUUUAGAUGGUGGCAGCCCUUCCAUUCCGGUGGAGGUACUGAUCAGUGGGCUGUGGACGAGAUACGUGUGGGUCAUUAUGAAGGCAGAAGGACAAUUGAAGAUAAUUUUAACACGCAGUUGAAUGCAAUAGAUAAAGGUGUUUGGUCCACCAUAACAGAAGGCAUUCUGGGUAAAUACUGCCAAAAUCGAGACAGAGCUCUGAUUCUGGCCAAUCAGGAGAACGACAAGUUUGUCGUCACUAAAGACCUAAACUUAGAAGCUGGUGACGUCAUACAAUUCAUGAUCAAUGUUGGUUGUAGUAACCAGUUCCGUUGGGACCACAUAGUCAUGUUGGACUACAGUCACGAUGGCGGUCAAACAUGGCGGUUACUUGAAGACCCGUGUUACCAGGAGAAUGAUUGUGAUGGAAAGUACACUGAGGGAACUAUGUAUUACUCCGGUCCACAUGGUUACUGGCAAACAGUGAUUAUACCUGUCACAGACGAGUUAGCCAUGCACCCAGUUAUGUUGAGAUGGUGGCAACAGGGUGGAUACCCAUUUAAUUUUGGACUUGACGAUGUUUACGUGGGACCCCCAUGUGAGAAGAACUGUCAUAGAAAUGGUGUCUGCGAACAGACUGAUUGUGUAUGUGAUGAAGGAUUCAAAGGUCCGGAUUGUGGCUUUGAGGGGAAAAGCCCUUACGGUUUGUCUGAUUGGUUUGAUAAUCAUCAUGAGCCGUCAGACAUUUGGAAGAGAAUCAUAGGAGGAAAGCUAGGUUUAGGAUGUGGUGUGGUGGAUUAUGGGAAUUCCUUACACUUUAGCGGCGACGGAACAAGGGAAGCCGUUACAGUGCCUUUGAAUACAACGUAUCUUCGGAUGAUUCAGUUUGUGAUAAAAAUUGGCGGGAACGGCCAUGCUUUGUCCUGCAUGUUCCCUGUUGGCAGAAAUGAGGGUGUGAUUGUUGAUUAUUCUACCGAUAACGAGGUUACAUGGCAUGUUCUUAAACUGGUGGAACCUAGGGUUCAUAACUAUACCACGGAAAGAGUUACCAUGGAGUUACCACAGGAUGCCAAGACGGAGAGAACUAUAUUUAGAUGGUGGCAACCUCUUGGUUAUGGAGGAUUAGCCCGUGCAGAAUGGGGGUUGGAUAGC